AUGGCUGAAACAAGUAUUGAAAAGACUCAAAUUUUACAAAAAUAUCUAGAGCUCGACCAAAGAGGUAGAAUAAUGGCCGAAUAUGUUUGGAUCGAUGGUACUGGUAACUUACGUUCCAAAGGUAGAACUUUAAAGAAGAGAAUCACGUCCAUCGACCAAUUGCCAGAAUGGAACUUCGAUGGUUCUUCCACUAACCAAGCGCCAGGCCACGACUCCGACAUCUAUUUGAAGCCUGUUGCUUACUACCCAGAUCCUUUCAGAAGAGGUGACAACAUCGUUGUCUUGGCCGCAUGUUAUAACAAUGACGGUACUCCAAACAAGUUUAACCACAGACACGAAGCUGCCAAGCUGUUUGCUGCCCAUAAGGAUGAAGAAAUCUGGUUCGGUCUAGAACAAGAAUACACUCUGUUUGACAUGUAUGACGAUGUCUACGGAUGGCCAAAGGGUGGGUACCCAGCUCCACAAGGUCCUUACUACUGUGGUGUUGGUGCCGGUAAGGUUUACGCCAGAGAUAUGAUUGAAGCUCACUACAGAGCUUGUCUAUAUGCCGGAUUAGAACUUUCCGGUAUUAAUGCCGAAGUUAUGCCAUCUCAAUGGGAAUUCCAAGUCGGUCCAUGUACCGGUAUUGACAUGGGUGACCAAUUAUGGAUGGCCAGAUACUUUUUGCACAGAGUGGCUGAAGAAUUCGGUAUCAAGAUUUCAUUCCAUCCAAAGCCAUUGAAGGGUGACUGGAACGGUGCCGGCUGUCACACUAACGUUUCCACCAAGGAAAUGAGACAACCAGGUGGUAUGAAAUACAUUGAACAAGCGAUCGAAAAGUUGUCCAAGAGACACGCUGAACACAUUAAAUUGUACGGUAGCGAUAACGACAUGAGAUUGACUGGUAGACACGAAACUGCUUCCAUGACUGCCUUUUCUUCUGGUGUCGCCAACAGAGGUAGCUCGAUCAGAAUUCCAAGAUCUGUUGCCAAGGAAGGUUACGGUUACUUUGAAGAUCGUAGACCAGCUUCCAACAUUGACCCAUACUUGGUUACCGGUAUCAUGUGUGAGACUGUUUGCGGUGCUAUUGACAACGCCGACAUGACUAAGGAAUUUGAAAGAGAAUCCUCAUAA